GGUAACUGAUCCUGCAAGGACACUGCCCUUCGCCCUCUUCCCUGCCUCUGCUAUGGACACUUCUGCUUUCAGCCUCCCCACGCCGGUGGUGUCCAAGGAGGGGAAUGCCUCUGGCAGCUGGGCAGGCUUCACCACCCCCAACAGCUCCACCAUCACUAGCCCUGCUGUGGUUUUCAGUGGUGUCCUCAUCCCUGUGGUCUACCUCAUUGUCUGUGUGGUGGGGCUGGUUGGGAAUUCUCUGGUCAUCUACGUGGUCCUGCGGCACUCUGUGAGUGAGUCAGUGACCAAUGUCUAUAUCUUGAACCUGGCCCUAGCUGAUGAGCUCUUCAUGCUGGGCCUGCCCUUCCUGGCUGCACAAAAUGCCCUGUCCUACUGGCCAUUUGGGUCUUUCAUGUGCCGCCUGGUGAUGGCUGUGGAUGCCAUCAACCAGUUCACCAGCAUCUUCUGCCUGACGGUCAUGAGUGUCGAUCGCUACCUGGCCGUGGUCCACCCAGGGAAGUCCUCCAAAUGGCGGACAGCACGGGUGGCCAAGGCUGUGAGUGCAACCGUGUGGGUGCUGUCUUCCGUAGUGGUGCUGCCUGUGGUCGUCUUCUCAGACGUUCCUUUAGGGAUGAACACUUGCCAUAUCCAGUGGCCAGAGCCUGCUUCGGUGUGGAGAGCUGGCUUCAUUGUCUACACUGCCACCCUGGGCUUCUUUGGGCCGCUGCUGGUGAUUUGUCUCUGCUAUCUUCUUAUUGUUGUGAAGGUUCGUUCCUCAGGCAGGCGGGUGAGGGCUCUGUCCUCCAAGCACAAGCUAUCGGAGCGCAGAGUGACCCGCAUGGUGGUGGCUGUUGUGGCUGUCUUCAUUCUUUGCUGGCUCCCCUUCUAUGUCCUCAACAUAAUCAAUGUUGUCUGCCCACUGCCAGAGGAGCCAUCCCUUUUUGGUGUCUACUUCCUUGUCGUGGUGCUGCCGUAUGCCAACAGCUGUGCCAAUCCUAUCAUCUAUGGCUUCCUCUCCUAUCGCUUCAAGCAGGGCUUCCGGAGGGCCAUCUUCCGGCCAUCCCGCCGAGUCCAGAGCCAGGAGGUGCCAGAGUGCCCCCCUGAGAAGACUGACGGUGAAGGGGAAGAGGGCGAGAUCAGCAAGAUCACACAGAAUGGUAAUGACAAGCGGGAACACCCUCUAAGCAGUGGGGAAGGAGAAAGAAACCAGCAAAAAACACUCCCUGAGGAGCCUGGGGGAUGCGAAAAGAGCAACAAGUUGCAUGUCAGUUACUUAUGA